UGGUGUUUUACAACUCAGUUUCUUACUUAUCCAUUUGUGGAUGGUGAUUUAUGAAACUUAAGAAAUUGAAAGCUACUUGGAUUUUUGAGAUUAUUUAAUUUAACAGAAAUGUUACAAUCAAAAUUAUAAUCAAAGUACUAACAAAUUCAUCAUGUUAAAAAGUGUUCAAAUGUGGAAAAAAUCUAAAAUUCCUAUCUAGUUCAAAUUGUCAUAAAUCUUAAAAAUCGAAUUUCCCAUGCUUAUUAAAACAAAAGAAUUAAUUGAUAUUUCACGAAGCCUCAGAGAUCAAAGUUAAUUGGUUAUGUGAAUCACAAGAACAAACAUUCUUUUUCAUUGAUUAGCGAGUAAAGACAAUUAUAAAAAAUUAGUCAACAAAUAUCUGCAACAACGAACAACAACAAAACUUCAUUUCCUGUACAGAACUCAAUUGAAUCACAAUAUCUGAAAUUAGAUGCAAUCAUCAGCCAGAUAGUAAGGAAGGAUAUCAUUUUCAAAUUGGACAAUUUUUGUUUUGAAUCACUCUCUGUGGAUAUAUUUUAUGCUCAUCACCCUCCAAGUGAUUUACAGACAUCAAAUGAUCAUCCAAUUGACAUCAACUGGGAUUCAUCAUCUCGCAAUCGUUUGUCCAAUUCAAUGUCAGUUUAAUGCGAACAAAGUUUGAACAAGCAAUAGAAGUGUAACUAGAGGGACAAUUAUUAGUCAUUAUGGCAUUCACAGCAUCGUUGAAACGUUUGUUAGCUGGACUUCUCUUCGUCAUGGCGAUAUUUCUUAUGAUCUUAUAUUUCAACGAAACUCGAAGCAUUUUAAAGCCAGCUUCAUCAUUCUUCGUCACCAAUUACGAGACAAGACACAACAAAAUCAAGUUAGUUGGAGUUGUUGCCGAGAAAAUGCGAAUUCCACCCGAGAAGACGUGGAGUUACAAAUGUGUCAAUAAUCGUUGUAUUCGAACACAUUACUCGAGUAAGGAUGUGAAACGUACGACUUUCCUUACAUGUUCAAUGCUCUGCGGCUCACAAACGUUGUGGCCUGAGCCGACAGUCAAAUCACUCAUUGGCACCAAUGCGAAUAGUUUUCGACUAGCAGAUGUUAAGUACAAAGUUCAGACGCCAUUCAAACAUGUGGAGAGUUUAAUGGAAAAUGCAUUUUCAAUAUUUUUGGAGGAAAUAAAGCAAAUUAGACGUGCAUCUGGCGGAAAAGAAAAAUCAGAUGAGAUGAAAAGUAGUACGAGGUCUUACAGGGAAUCUACAUAUGCAGGAAUCAGUAGCAGCAGUAGUCGGGAGAUAGAAACACCCGCACAUUAUCGACGUAAUCUAACAACUGUAAAUAUUUACGUGCAUGUGAUAAAAACUGCAGAUGUUCAUCUCACAAUGAACACUGAUGAAUGCUACAACAUGACAUUGUCAAAUGAACGACAAAUCAUUGACGUGAGAAUUUAUGCAAAUUCCUUUUUCGGUGCACGACAUGGUUUGUCAACACUUCAACAACUGGUUUGGUAUGACGAUGAAGAUGAAGUUUUGAAAAUCAUAAGUACAGCAAAAGUUGAAGAUUGCCCGAAAUUUCCUUAUCGUGGGUUAAUGCUUGAUACAUCGCGACACUAUUUUAGUGUUGACGCCAUAAAACGAACACUCAUUGGAAUGUCACAUUCAAAGCUUAAUCGCUUUCAUUGGCAUUUGACUGACUCUCAAAGUUUUCCCUUUGUUUCAAAGUUCUAUCCAGAGCUGGCGAAGUACGGCGCUUAUUCAACAAGCGAGAUUUAUACACAUGACGAUGUUAAAGAUAUCGUAAGAUUUGCACAAGUUCGAGGUAUUCAAAUAAUACCGGAAAUUGAUGCACCAGCUCAUGCUGGAAAUGGAUGGCAAUGGGGACCUCAAAAAGGUUUGGGAGAGCUGAGUUUAUGUAUCAACCAACAACCAUGGAACGCUUAUUGUGGUGAACCACCAUGUGGACAACUUAAUCCUAAAAAUAAUCACACUUACUUAAUCUUACAAAAGCUUUAUCAAGAGCUUUUAGAACUUACCGGUCCGACUGAUUAUUUCCAUUUGGGUGGUGAUGAAGUGAAUCUUGAAUGUUGGUCGCAAUAUUUCAACGAUACUGAUAUUCGUUCACUUUGGUGCGAUUUUAUGUUACAAGCUCAUCACCGACUUAGCGUAGCCAAUAAUGGACAAAAAAUUAAAAUGGCUGGCGUGUGGUCAAGCGGUUUGACUCAAAUGCCUUGCUUACCAACAAAGAAUUUUACUGUGCAAGUUUGGGGUGGCAGUCAAUGGCCAGAGAAUUAUCAACUUCUUGAUGCCGGUUACAACAUAAUUAUGUCUCAUGUUGAUGCUUGGUAUCUUGAUUGCGGUUUUGGUAAUUGGCGUGCAACUGGUGAAGCUGCAUGUAGUCCUUAUAGAACUUGGCAAACUGUUUAUAAACACAAACCAUGGCAUUCGAUGAGACUUAAUAAACAACAACUUAAACAAGUUCUUGGUGGUGAAGUUUGUCUUUGGACAGAACAAGUUGAUGAAAGUGUUCUUGAUGCUCGAUUAUGGCCGCGAUCAUCAGCACUUGGUGAAAGACUUUGGACAGAUCCAAAUGAUGAAAACGAUUACGCAAUUUCAAAAGAAACUUUCAAACGCUUUUCAAUCUUUCGUAAUCGUUUAGUUCAGUUAGGAAUAAAAGCGGAACCGAUUUUCCCCAAAUAUUGUGCUCAAAAUCAAGAUGAAUGCGUAUGACACUUGGAAGCUUUUUAAUUUCCCUUUAUUUUUCAUUUUAAUUCAGUUCUUGAAAAUAUUAAAUUGCAUAUAUCAGAGUAUCGUCAUUGUUAUCUAAUUGUUUGUAUUUUUUUAUUUCCUAAUUUAUUACUUUAUUGAGAGAAAUCUUUUUUGAUUUUAUUGAGUUUUAUUAACAACAUUUCGCAUUCCAUCAUGUUUCAUAUUCCAUGUCAAAAGUUCAAAGCUUUUGAUACAUAAAACGGGCUUAAAAAUAACAAAGCUUCCUUCCUGCAAUAUGAAUGUGAUGAAAAUUAAGAUGACAAAAAUGUAUCAAGCAAAUAAUUUAUGGUGGUUUGGAAUGAUGAAAUUUAUUGCUAACAAAUCAUCAAUUUACAAACAAUUCAAAUGUUUUUGAAAUGUAGAACAAACGGAGAAGGAAACUUUUGUUUUUCCUGUCGAAACCAUCAUCGUUAUUCAGAAGAACGUUAAUUGAUCUACAACUAAGCAUGAUGUAGUAUUAAUGCAUCUUCCGAGUCGACUCCUGACAACACACGGUCAUAAUCCAAAUUAGCACAAUAAAAAAAAUUUUAUUCUAUACCUUCAAAUAUUCCGACCAAUUUCCUAAAUAAUUUAUUGUUCAUCUUGAGUAAAUGUUAAACAUGUUGUAAUCCUUGUUACUUAAUUAACCGUUUAGAACAAAGUCUGGUGGUUAUGGAAGCUUAUAGCAGUUUUAGAAAUCAUCAACAUGCCAACCUCAUUCAACAAAAUAAAAAGGAAAUUAAUGUUUAGAUAUGUACGACUAGGUAGCACCAAUAAAGGGGAAAUGUGUCACACAUUGUUGCUUUGAAUUUGCAAAGCAACAAGAUAAAUAAAAAGUAUUCCUUACCAAAAUGUUGAAAUUUAAAUUUUUCGAUUUCUUUAAGUUUUAUUAAGUUUUUAACAUUUCAUAACAAAUCAUAAUAAGUUGAACAACAAAACACAAAAUAAAAACAUUAAAGAAUUAAAUCAAAUGCGUGACCUUAACAAAGAAAACUUAGAGAUUUGUUUGUUGAUUAUCUUGUUAAUAAUUCGAACUCAUUUUUGACAUUCUUUCAUCUCCACUCAUCUAUGAUUUCAAAAACAAAAAAUUAAAACCUGAAAUGACAAGAUUUUAGGAAUAAAUGUAUGUGAUGAUGAAAUAAAUACAGAAUAAAAUAAAUAUAG